AUGCACAGAUCCUUGAUCCGUCAUGGACUGAGGCAAAGCUUUUGCACUGUCGCCGCCCCUCGCGGUGGCCGGCUUCACUCGACAUCCAUCCAGACCUCUCAUACUACGCGUCAAUCCAAUGGAGGCACAAGCGACGCGAAGCAGAAAAGAAGACCUGUGAAAACCGAAGACCUAUCCUCCCAAGACCUGACAUUCCCUGCGAACGUCAAUUUUCAAGGAUUUCCCCAUCUCGAGCCGGCCAAGGAGCAGCAGCUGGAGGAGGUCCAUGAUGGCAAUGACAGUCGAGAUCCAACAGCGAGUCAAGCAUCAAAGGCCGAUCUGUGCCAUGGAAUGGAAGAGCCGCGGGGGAAGCCAAAAGCACAUCGUGACUUAGCAGACGGCUUAGACCGAGGGGAGAACUGCGCGAGUUGGUCGGAAGAUUCAAGUGCAGAGGGUCGUGGUCACCAAACCGCCUCUUUGCCCGACCAAUCCCACGGACCCCUAAGCCGCUCGAAAACCCCCAGGGUCAAUAUCCAGAGAGCGUAUGAUGGCCACGAGAAGCCAACAGUUAUCGAAAGACCAUAUAUGAGGAGACUCCGCAAGCCUAAGCGCUUUCGAGAACUUCUGUCAGAAGCGAGGAGAUAUGGUGCGGACAGCACCAGAAGCAUGGACCUAAACAGCGGCAGGCCCAAGAAGACGUUAAUCAGGAGCGCAUUGACAACAGCAGUCCUCGAAGCGGAACUGCGAUGGAUAGCAAAGAACACACCGCACGCUCGAGCCGUUCGCAACAUUUUGAAGAUCCUGAUUCAAGACCGGAAAAUCAGGCCGGCCCCAGACCACUAUGAGGCGCUCAUCCUGGGGCAAUGUUUUCCGGAGUACGGCUCUGUCGACAAUGUCAAGUUGAUCCUCCAAGAAAUGGAAAGAGAAGGAAUCCCCCUCGAAGUGCCCAUCCUCCUCGCAGUGUUGACAGUGCUUGCUGUUCAUCCCGAUACAAAUCUCCGCACAUCCAUCGUUGCACGUCUUGCGAAACAACAAAUUCCCAUCCACGACACUCACGCCCACCUGAACACUCUGUGCUUAAUACGCGAGGGUCAAUUGGAACUCGCAACAGUCGAACUUGAAAAGCUUACUCAGAAGACAUCGUUCAUCGGAGGUAUGAACAGCAUGCCCGUCCCGAAAUGGCUUUGGACCAUUUACAUCCACGCUAUCUGCGAUGUGCGGCAUGACUUUGACGCUCUGCUACAGCUUCUAUACAGGCUCUCGGACUCAGGCUUUCUCUUCCCAAGGCCUACGCUGCUACACUUGCUCUUCAAGGCGAGUGAACAUGGCGACCCGCAUGUCACGAAAUUCAUCUGGUAUGGAUAUGUGACGGGCAUGCAUAUCAUUCCUAACGAAGACAUGUGUAUGUCCGUCUUGCGACUCGCGGUUCGAGAGAAGGAUGUGAAGCUGGCCGAAUCGGUCGCCGUGGUGCUGGAGAGUGUAGCGGGGAAUAAGACCACCUGUCCGCCGAGCUUGGAAGAUCAAGGACCUAGUUCACGGCAGGAGGCCAGCAGAUUGACGUUCGAUUCACCUGAGCUUCUGGGGCAUGAGUCGGGGGCUGGACAUCAGCAGGAGCACUCGCAUUCUGUUGGUAACGACAGCGACAGCAAUAUCAAAGCUUCUAAGAACACUGUCUGGCCAAGCGCAGGCCCUUCCCAAUCCACGCCGCCAACUUCCUCACUUUACCACGCUGAUCUAGCGACCAUCUUCUCAACACCACCUACUUUACCUAAUCCCUCCGACCCACCUCCGCCCCCACGCCCUCUUCCUGCCGAAGCCCUCUCCCUACUUGCCGAGCUGGGGAUUACCGGUUUUGAGGCGACUGACUUCGACACCGGUAGGAAACCUCUUAGUUUGCGCAAUGGUAAACUCGUCGAGUACGGUGGGAGACCUGGCCGGAGAAGAAGAAGAACCCUUAGGGGCAUCUUGUACCCGUUGUUUAGAGAAGAAGCUGGACUUUCUGGGGCGAGAUUUGAUCCGCGGCUUGCGUUGCUGCAGGGUUGGGAUUGGAGAAAGAGGUGA